CCUUUCUCAAGGGUGUGUUUUUUCCGAGGGUUAUAUUUAAUAACACUCCGGCGGUUGGCUGGAGUGCCAAGGACUGUGGAGACACGUUUCGGGGUGGGUGGAGGAAGUGCGCUUACGGCCGUGUGUUUGGGGGAGGGGGGCUUCUUCAUCACGACACGAGCUCAGAAGACCGGGGCUUGACGGGACAAGGAAGGCGACACAGGGACUCAUCACUCCUGGAAACCGACGCCACCCGUCUGCUCGGGCUGCGGGUCUCCACGCGGGUACGCAGCCCAGUCCAGUUAGCUGGAGCUGCCUCACUCUGCUCUGCGUGUGUGUUUCUUCCGGACUGACUCCUCAGUCGUCCGAGUACUAAGUGUAUCCGCGUCGUUAGCAAUUGAAUUAUGAAUUGUUCUCCUCACUGGCGACUUCUGUUCGCGCGCCCCGCCGGAGAUGGUCCGAGUGUCCGCUUGCGCGCGCCGCGCAGCUAGCAGCUAGCAGCUUAGCCCGUGUCAGACACACUUUCAGCGCAAUACCCGCGUUUUUUUUUUUAUAUAUUACCUUGAGGUAAGCGUGCGCUGCUGUCUGUGUGUGUGUGGACUGACUGCGUGUUCUACUCCUAUGGCGUGACGACUGGACGUGUUGUUGGUGCCGGAGCAGUGCGGACCAUUUGUCACCGAGACGGGAGAGAGGGCGCGCGGCGUUGUGUGUGUCUCUGUGACUGUCUGUGUGUGUGUGUGUGUGUCUGUGUGCGCGCGCGCGCGGAUGAGACGCUGUCCGCGUUUUUCUCUUGGCGCGAGCUGACGGAGCGGAGGACGUCGCGGAGACACGAGCCAUGGCUCUCGGAAGGCUCGCGCUUGGCACCGUUGGCGCGAGCCGGCGCGUGUCGCUGCAGCGCGGGCUGCUCUUCCUGUGCGCGCUGGUGCUGCUGCUGCUCUCCGAGGCUGUGGAGCCGCUCGGCGCGUCCGGGAGCCCAGGGGGCGCGGGGGACUCUAGCGGAGGAAGUCACGGCCUCCAGAAGGGCUGCGAGGCGGACGUGACUAAGUCUAAGCACCCCACGAACCGCACGAAGAAGCCGUUCCCUGUGCUCUCCUUCGACUACGAGCACGUCAAGACACCCUUCGAGAUCUCCUUGUGGGUCCUGCUGGCAUCCCUCAUGAAACUCGGCUUUCAUCUGAUCCCACGGUUGUCCUCCAUCGUGCCAGAGAGCUGCCUGCUGAUUGUAGUGGGCCUGCUGGUGGGUGGCCUCAUCAAGGUGGUUGGAGAGACUCCCCCUGUGCUGGACUCGCAGGUUUUCUUCCUGUUUCUUCUGCCACCUAUCAUCCUGGAUGCUGGCUACUUCCUGCCCAUUCGGCCCUUUUCUGAGAACCUGGGCACCAUCCUGAUGUUUGCAGUGGUGGGCACACUGUGGAACUCUUUCUUCAUGGGUGGCUUGCUGUAUGGAGUGUGCCAGAUCAAGGGCACAGACCUGAAUACGGUCAACCUAUUGGCCUGCCUCCUCUUUGGUUCCAUCAUCUCUGCCGUGGACCCUGUUGCUGUGCUUGCCGUGUUUGAGGAGAUCCACAUCAAUGAACUGUUGCACAUCUUGGUCUUCGGCGAGUCACUGCUCAAUGACGCAGUCACUGUGGUGCUGUACCACCUGUUUGAGGAGUAUGCUGGCGUGGGCUCUGUCAGCAUACUGGACGUUUUCCUCGGCGUGGUGUGCUUCUUGGUGGUGGCAUUGGGCGGCGUGCUGGUGGGGGCCUUCUAUGGCAUCCUGGCAGCCUUCACGUCACGCUUCACAUCACACACUCGUGUCAUUGAGCCACUCUUUGUCUUCGUCUACAGCUACAUGGCUUACUUGUCUGCCGAGGUGUUCCAUCUUUCCGGCAUUAUGGCGUUGAUUGCCUGUGGGGCUGUGAUGCGCCCCUAUGUAGAGGCCAACAUCUCCCACAAGUCCCACACAACAAUCAAGUACUUCUUAAAGAUGUGGAGCAGUGUGAGCGAGACUCUCAUCUUCAUCUUCCUUGGUGUCUCCACGGUGGCAGGGAACCACUCCUGGAACUGGACUUUUGUCACAGUCACUAUCAUCCUCUGCCUUGUGUCUCGUGUACUUGGGGUGGUGGGUCUGACCUACGUGAUCAAUAAGUUCCGGAUCGUCAAGCUCACCACCAAAGAUCAGUUCAUUGUGGCAUAUGGUGGACUACGAGGGGCCAUUGCCUUCUCACUGGGGUACCUGCUGGACAAGAGCCACUUCCCCAUGCGGGACAUGUUUCUAACAGCCAUCAUAACGGUCAUCUUCUUCACCGUCUUUGUCCAGGGAAUGACUAUUCGACCCCUUGUUGACCUCUUGGCUGUGAAGAAGAAACAGGAGACCAAACGUUCCAUCAAUGAGGAGAUCCAUACCCAGUUUCUGGACCACCUGCUGACAGGCAUUGAGGACAUCUGUGGUCACUAUGGCCACCACCACUGGAAAGACAAACUGAACCGCUUCAACAAGAAAUACGUGAAGAAGUGUCUGAUUGCUGGUGAGCGUUCCAAGGAGCCGCAGCUCAUUGCCUUCUACCACAAGAUGGAGAUGAAGCAGGCCAUCGAGCUGGUGGAGAGCGGGGGUGGGGUCAAGUUGCCCUCUGCAGUGCCCUCCACUGUGUCCAUGCAGAACAUCCAGCCAAAGAAGCCACCCUCUGAUCGGGCCAUACCCCAGAUCUCCAAGGGUCGGGAGGAGGAAAUCCGAAAGAUCCUCCGCAACAACCUGCAGAAGACCCGGCAAAGGCUGCGGUCUUACAACAGACACACACUGGUGGCAGAUCCCUACGAGGACGGUUGGAACGACUUGCUCUUCAAGCGGCAGAAGCUAAUGGAGAUCGAAAAAAAGAUGUCAAAGAUGAGCAACUACCUCACUGUCCCGGCAGCUGCCCCAGACUCACCCACCCUCAGUCGUGCCCGGCUGGCAUCAGACCCCCAGGCCUACAGCUCCAAACCCACCUCAGACGACCUCCCCACCAUCAAGGUUGACCUGGCCUCCCCACAAUCGCCAGACUCAGUCAACCUCGUGAAUGAGUUCCAGAAGGCCGCUACACAGAACGACCCCGACGAUGAUGGGGGCUUGGUCAUGAAGGUGCCUUUUGCUGACAAGGACCAGGGUGAGCAGGACAAUAAGAAGGAGCAGCAGCGGCUGAUGCGCUGCCUAAGUGACCCAGGACCUGGUGGCGAUGAGGAAGAGGAUGAGCCUUUCCUGCCCUAAAAUGCCCUUCCCACUGGGUAGGGUAAGGAGGCUGUGGCUCACACCCCUUCUCUCUUUCUCCUUCUGAGGAUAUUGGUCAUUCCCUUUAGGUUGAAAGCCUGUAACAGGCCAACACAAAGAGAGGGGGGGAAAAAAAAGGGGGCGGGGAAUCAAUCAAUAAACCAAAAUGCAACGGUAAAGUAAAAAAUAGCCAUUUAUUUUCUAUUAUCAUUGUUUAUUUUAAUGUCCCAAAAGUCAUCCCCAGCACUCAGGCAGCAUGGGUUUUGGGUGUGGUCCUGGGACAGUGGGGACAGAACUAUGCAUUACCAAAAGUUUGAAUCAGGUGGUCCAGUGCUGGUUGUGGAGGGCAGACAGAUGGCCAUGAAGGUUUUCCAUACAGCUGAGAGUGCAGACACCCCAGUCCUUCCUCUCUCAUGUCAGGCACUCCAGCAUCAACGGGAGCUGGAAAACCUGCCAGUCUGCAGCUUGCCAUUCUGGUGCUGGAAGCCCUGCUUUCUACUGUUUUAGUCCAAGACAAUGUUCUCUGGUGUUAGUUUAGUUUCUUUUCUGUGGAGGUUUUUGUGCUGUUUUUAUUUAAGCAAUUUUUUUCUAUACUUUGCCUUUUUGUUUGUUCACAAUUAAUGAUCUUUAGUGAAUUUUGUUUCAGAAAUUGCCUUGGCUUUAAUGAAGGGGAGAAGUAUUCUGUUCACACCAGGUGUGCUUUAGUGUCCUCAUUAAUUCUCUUUUGCUCCAGUUCAGGAAGAAUAUGAAACCAUUCUUUCACGCUUGUACCUUUAAGACUACGUCUUUGAUUUUGAGCAGAUCUGGGGUGUUUACUAGGUUUUGUGCCAUUGCAACAAACUCGCAGCUUCUUUCUGCCCUUACAGGAGUUUGCUGCCAAGAAUGCUUUGCGUCUUCACUUGUAGACUCUGCUCCUUAUUGCCUCCAAAGCCUUUUCUCUGGCUUUGAAUUGACACAGUAGGUUGGCGUGUACGGACGCAAGGAAAAUCCAAUUUUACUUCCUCCCAAAACAGGUUUUCUCAUGAAUUGCCUCCAUUGUGUGUCCCAUCGCGAGUGGUGAAGAGCACCACUAGAAUGAAAGCAGGCAACCUCAGAGAUUGGCAGUAACAUUAAUGCUAAACACUUGUUGGACUAACAUUAACUCUGAGAACCUCAUGUGGGAUCGUAUGCAGCUCCCAGAGGCGGCUACAGUUUGCUCACUUUGUUUGAAUGUUUGCUUACGAAAACUAUCCUGAAUGUGUAUUACGUGUUUAAUGAGGAUAUGCCAAGGUUUCAUAGCAUCUGAGAGAUGUACCUCUUUAGAGAUGUUUCUGUUGUGGGAAGCGGAAAUACGGGUGGCCUCCGUUUGUGCUUCAGUCAUUGUCAUGUGAGACACCCACUCUUCUCCCUCCCCCUGGGUGACUUCUCAGGACAGUUUCAGUUCACCCCUCUUCAAACUGAUAUUUACUCUACAUCUCAAUAAAAUAAGCACCUCUGCACUGAAGCAAUACGUUCCUUUUAUACAUACUGAGUUCUGAGGUGCAAUUUUCCCUUGUUUUACCCUACAUUUUUAUGUCAUUUUAGAGCUUUGUGGUUCUGUGUUUUGUUUUUCAUCUUCAAACACAGAGCAGCAGGGGCAAUGCAAAAUCUUAAUCUUAAGGUUCCUUACUAUGGCUCCUUGCACUGUUUUAUAGAACAGUGUAUUAAAUUGCAUGAAUAUGACUCUUCAAAAGAGUGCCAUGUACCUGUAUUGGUUUUAUUGUUAUGGCUCUAACAUAUGAUGGGCAUUAAAAUAGAAAUCUCACAGCCAUUUUCGUGUACAAUUGCUGACUCGAGCUGAAGUCAAACUGGGUGUUCAUGAGCUAGAAUUGUGUAGAAGAGUGGCUGUCUGAAAAGUUGUAGAAAACCAAAUCUAUGCUUUUAUGUUUUUACUGCUUGUUAGAUUAUCCUAACUUGCUCCAAAAUCUGACUCUAAAUUAGGGGUCUUAAUGUUUUUUCCCCCCACCCAUCUGGGUCACCAGCAGGAAUUUCUGCUGAAAUAUAUCUGCCAUUUAUCUGUCUCCUAUUGAUGUUAUGUAUAUGAUUGUAUACUGCACUAAAUUUUAUAUAUAUAUAUACACACACACACACACCAUUCCCUUUAAAGCUGAUAUAACGUACAAACAGUGCCAUGUAACUGCUGUCUGUUUUUAUGUCAAAGCUUGUGUUUGACAGAGGCACUGAAAUGAUUGUCUCAGUUGUGAAACCACCUUGGUUCAAGCUGUGCACUUGAAACUAUUGAAAAUGCAAAGCGUCAGUCCUGCUCUUAACUUUGGAGUGUGUACUGCACAUGUGAGCUGAAACAAACGAUUCCUGUAAAAGGCACACCUCAACACACCGAAAUGGGAGAUUGUCACAAGUGCACGGAUAUUGUAGGAUGUGUGCAAGAAAAGAUGCAAUUGUUUUUACGACUGUUAAUAUCACAUUAUCUGAAGUCCCACAUCUCUGUGAAAGUAAAGCAAGGGCAUGUUCGUGUUUCGGCCCCACUUCUGUGUCAAUCGUCUCUUGGAAGUUGCAUUGUCCUGCCAGCUUUUUAAAUGGACUUUUCGCUCAACCCUGUAACGUUGCCUUAUAUACGUCUCCCACCGGUGCACAGCAAAGGCAGCCAUGACGAUCAGAGCACCCUGGUCAGCUUUCAAAGCCAGCGUUUCCCCAUCUCACUUGUAGUUCCUGUUCCCAGUGUGACAGUCUGCGCCACCUACGGCUUGUGGGUAACAAUGUGGAGAGGGAGGAGAACCUUCAGAUGGAUGGGCGCACAGGGUUUCAGGUCCCUGUGGGCUUGCCUUCUGCGCUCGUCUGCAUCUUUGUCAUCUGAAAGACAGCUGCUUGGGUUUGCCUUGGUGUCACGUGUCCUGCUGGAGCAGCACUGAAGUGUUAGCACUCCGACUUCAGUCUUUUUGCAGGCUUGAACGUGUCGCCAAGGGAAACAAGGCAACCCUUGGUCAAGAAAAGGGUGAUUGUCUCACCAACAGGGUUCACUCCCUUUUUAAGUUUAUGGUCUUGUGCUAGAUUGCUUUCUCCUUACAAAUGUUUUGGAAAAACGUGUCUCGCAUGGAAAGUCUUUGUACGUGUCCCAUCAUGACCGAUAUGUUGAGAGGCUGUGCAACAUGCCACUGACUGCUGUAGGAACAGCGAAGGUGCUUCUACAUGGAGUCCACACUCGGGCUCUGUUCAGCUUUUAUUGCAGUAAACAGCUCUUCGUGUUCCCUAAACCCCAGCGCGUGAAACUCGUCUCAGGUGGAUCUCUGAGAAAGACUUUGUCAUACUCAUCGCUGGCUGCCGUCAUAAAGUUUGUGUAAUGACUACAAUAGAUGUGCUGCAUGGGUCACACAUUGUGCUUUUUGAUGUGUUCAGGAAAUACUUUCUAAAUGUUGUAUCCUAGGACAAAGAAAACAGUGGUACAGUCGUUCGGUAUAGAGUUAAGGCAGGGAGGUGGUCAAGAAUGAAGACCUGUAAACCCUUGAUGGUUGCUCUGUGUUGCUGUCACUUACAGGGAAGGCAGUGAACGUGCGAGACGAGCAUACAGAGUGCUAACCAUCUGAACAGGUCCUCCCGGGGCAUUAUGGAACUGCGACCCUGGGUAAAUGUUUUCGAUCCCCCUGUGAGCGUAGCCCGGAGAAGCCAUUGCGAGUUACUGAGUGCGUGUUGCACUUUUUUUUUUUUUUCUUUUUUUUUUUCUUUUUUAAAGAAAACCAUGUUGGACUUGGCUAGGAAUCACUUUGAGAAAGUGUACCAGUUCUGCAGAAGCGUCGACGCACUCGCACGCUGUGUACAUCUGCGCUCUUUCCAUGUGUCUGGGGAGGUGUCACAUUUUCCGACAAGUUUUCGUGUAGAAUAGUGUAAAGUGAACUGUAUUGUAUGACUCAACUCCUGUGAGCUUUUACUGCAGCCUCUCUCAUCAUGUCGUGUCAAAGUCCAACACUGGUGAGAGGAACAGAACUGCUGUGGACUUGUGGCUCUGUCUGCUCCAGCUCUCCCUCACCAGUCCUCCUUUACUGUAAGAUCAGGCCCCAUGGUCACUUUGGCGAUUCUAAACCACAGGGUCAGCUCUCUGCGUUUGUAUCUGUAACUACAUGUAGGCUCUUUGACGUCAUGCGCCAUAUGACAUCACGAAGAGCUCCUUGUGUUUCUAUCCGUGUGCUGUUACCUCAUCAGGCGUGCGGUGGCUGAGUGUUAACAGUGAAAACAGUGCGUUGCGGAUCAGUCUCUUUUUUUGGAAAGCAAAGAGGCCUUCUUCCUACAUGGAGCUGCAUUGAUGACUCAGGCAGCCUGACCCAUGACCCCCCACAAAGACUGCUGCUUCUUGACUAUGCCCUUCUCUGGCCCAAGUGAGCUUCUCUGACAUGAAAUAAAUAAAAACACAAGUUUUACCUAAAACAUGAAUUGGUGUCACGGAAGAGCAAUAACCAGCUGUGGCUCUCACUGGCAGGAAGGACCUUGGGGCAGCAAAGAGGCAGGAUUGUGGAGGGGGGGGGGGCUAGGUGCUGGUCUGCUCACCCACAGCCUGUGCAGCUGCAGCUUGGGUCGCAUCCCCAGAAGGUUCUCUAACAUUGAUGUGUUGCCAGCUGUCAACAGAAUACCACAGCUUUACACCUUUACUUCACCAUGGGCUCUGUGUUGUGUAGUACAACACAGUGGGGCUGCUGCUGCUGCUGCUGCUCCCCUCCCCCACCCCCACAGUAAUGGGAUCACCCUUCUCCUCCCAGCCCACCCAGACACUGUCCUCUUGUUGUCAGAUCCUCCCCCUUUCCAGCCCCAGCAAUUCACUGCUUUAUAGUUGUCUGGUUCUGUGCAAAACUGUACUUUGCAAUAACAUAAGAUUAUUUUAUAUACAGUAAAUGUAAUAUAUAUGAAGAUGUCCUAUAAAUUGAAAUUGUAAAACUUUGGACUGAUGUGUAUUGAAAACCACUACAGUGAAGUGCACACCGUAAUAUAAAGUCACCUGGCUUCAGCAUUCCAUUCUUGUACUUUGGAGAAACUAAUGUACUGAAAUUGUCAUAAGAAAACAUACCAAAUUAAAGUUUUAAUUUAUAAAAUACA